AUGGUGUCACAUCUACGCCGCCCUCAUCCUUGCUCUCUGCACUGUUGUAUGCAGAAAAUUCCCGAUACCGUCCGGGACUCGGACGCGGGCUCCGGCCUGCUAGCAAUGAGCGCGUUGAUCUGGGUUGUGAGGCGGUUCCAGCGCCUGACCGGCGACCUCCGUCGCAUUGCCACCAGCAUGGACAAGCCCACCGUCUCGGGGUUGAAGGCGCUGCGGAACGAGAUGGUAGCCCUCAUCAAGAAGCAAGUCCCGCUCAUACGGUCGGGGAAAACCGUUGUUGCUGCCGACGCCUGUGACGACGACGGCGAGGAAGUCCAUUCUGCAUCCGUACCAGUAGGGGUCGCCCCGAACGUCACUGAUGCGCGUGGCAAGUCGGGAGUCGGCGUCGACGAGGCCGAUGCGGCCGCAGGAAAGGGGGUGACCGGGACUGAGGUUGUUCACGGGGAUGAUGAUGGGGUCCAGGAUCGCGAGGAGGAACGUGAGGGUGAGGGGGGCUCGGACGAGUCGUCGGGGUCGAGGUCGGGGUCGGGAUCGGGGUCGGGCUCGGAGUCGGAGUCGGAGGAGGAGGAGGAGCAGGAGACGCAGGAGCACGAGAGGCAGCACCAGGAGGAGCAGUUGGUAGAGGUGGAGGACGUGGAAAUGGCGGAGGGGUACGUUGUCGGAGGAGCGGAGGAAACGGGUGGGAGAUCGGCGGAUGUCGAGAACGACGAAGGGGAGGGGAAGGGUGCGACAGCGAAUAUCGGCGAGGUCGGCGUGGAGGCGGCUCACGGAGGUGGUGGCAUGGUCGAGGUCGGUGAAGGGGAUAACGCCGCGGUCCCGGAGCAGAGGGGCGUGGAUGUGCAUACCGAUGCCAGCGCGGAGAAGGCCGGCGGGGAGCGGUCUAGGAGGAAGAAGGCGGCGAGCGGUCAUCCCGGUUCCACCGCGGCUGGGCGGCAGGCGCGGCUGGACGUCGUCGAUCAGCUGAGGGCGGAGAACAGGCGAUUGCGUGCAGACAAUGCACUCCUUGAACGGCGGCUCGGUGAGCAGACGGGGCGGGUCGACAGCUCGGCGGCGGCAUUAGCUGGGCUCCUCGAGAAGGGCCUCACCGACAACAUGGACAGCGCCAUUCAAUCGGCCAAGUCCUUCGCCGAGCUAGCGAGGCAGACGCUGCUGGAUCUUGACGAGCCCAAGGGACGAGCAGCGGUCGCACGCGCGACCGCGGUGAAGACAGUGACCGAGCACGUGACGGCAGAGGUGGGCGAGGCGAGGAAGGGGUUGGAGGAGUCGUUCAUCAAAUACAUCGGCGCCGCGCAGACCAACAUUGCCGCCGCCGUCGCGCCCCGCCUAGUCCAGCCGCCGCCGCCUACCGGCCCAGCGCAGGCCUUGCCGGAAGAUUUCCUGAAGUCUUUCAAGGAGGACGUGCUGAAGGCGGUGACGGAGACCACGCAGCAGUCCUUCCUCGCCUCCGGACUGAAGAUAAUGGCCGAGGUCGUCGGCACGGUGGCGUAUGCUCGGCGUGGGUCGUCGCCGUCGGCAAACGACGCCGGCCAAGCGCAACCUACGGAGGGCUUGAAGCUGGGUCACAAGAGGCGGGGAGGCGGCGGGGGGGGCGACGGGGACAAUUCGGCGAACACGAAGCGGAGCAAGAGAGGCGGGGGGUCUGGCGGCGGGGGGGGGGGGACGGAGACGAUUCGGCGGGCGCGAGGCGGACCAAGGGAGCGGCUGGUUCUCGCCACGGGCCAUGGUGGUGGGGGUCCCGCCGACGAGCAUGCCACUGAUGACGCACUGCCAAUGGCUCCGCCUUCGGUCGGCGUUAAGCCACCACGACAGGGUAGCGGUGUGAAAGGCCUGCGCGACAAGGGGAAGGCCGCCGCCAAAACGGCCCCAGGCGGGUCCGCGAAAGCUGGCCAGGGCCCGAAGACAGGGGUUGCGGAGGCGUCAGCGGUUCCUCACCAGUCUCCCGCGGGUGCACGCCAUCCGACCGGACCGUCUGCCGGGCGACCUACCGACGUCCCGCGCCAUGCCGACGUACCGUCUGCCGACAAGGUUGGCCGCGCGGGAAAAGGGGCGGCAGUUGCGGACGCGCUCAAGGAGCAGCUCAGGCUCCUAGCCGGCCACAGGGCUGUUCAACAGGCCCCCCCUGCUGUCGACGUCCCAUCGGCCAGUGGGCCACGUGUAGUGCCGGUCGUCGCCGCCCGUACUCCUGCAGACCCAAAGUCCGCGUUGUUGCGCGCCCAGCUGGGCGCACUAGCGUCGACUGAGAGGACUCAGCAGGCUUCUGGCUCUGGCUCUAAGCCGUCGUCGGCGAAUGUCGCACCACCCACCCAUGUGGCAGCUGAUGUGGAGAAGGCGGCGGAGAAGGGCGUUCGUGCCGCGCUUGCCACCGGCGGCGGCGCCGUUGAGGAGGUCCCCGCAGACGCUGAUAUCGCUGCCAUACAGGCCCAUCUGGAUGCAGCCAAUCCCCGAACCCUGGCCAUCUCCGACACGGAACAUGUGGAGCCUUCGGCGGGACUCGUCGGCAUCGCGGCAGAGCCUAGUGCGACCGGUGAUGCGGUCGGUGAAGGAAAGUCGGAACGGAAGUGGAAGGCGGGCUCACAGAGGAAGACGCGGGAGAAGUCGGAGGUGAAGGCGGCGGAUAAACAGAAGGGGAUGGCGGCGGAGACGGCGGCGGACAAAGAUCGAGGCGGCAUUGGGGAGGUUGAAGGGAAAGGGGAGAAUCAGGAGAAGUCGCCCGGCGAGGGUACGUCGACGGGGAGGAAGGGGAAGGACAAGUCGGUCGGAGAAGGUGCGCCGACCGGGAGAAAGAGGAAGGAGAAGGCGGUCGGCGAGGGUUCCUCGAAGGGGAGAAAGGGAAAGAGGAAGGCGGAGGAGGAGGAUGAGGAUGUCGAGGAGGUGGAGGAGGUCGAGCAGGAGGAAGAGGAGGAGGAGGAGGAGGAGGAGGAGGAGGAGGAGGAGGAGGAGGAGGAGGAGGAGGAGGAGGAGGAGGGGAAGGGCAAGGAGAGGAGGGGUCAUGGCAUCCGACACGAUACCUCGGGCGACAAGCAAGGGUGGGUCGGCGAGAUUAAGGUGCACGGCAUCAAUCGAUACAUCGGCAAGUCGCGGGACAAGAUGGGGCUCGCGUACGUUCACUCCAUCGCGUACGUCGUCUACGACGGUUUUGUGAGCAAGGUGCUCAUGACCGAGCUCACCGGCUUGGACAGCGCCGAAUUGGAGAGGUGGAAGGAGGUGUGGGAGGAGGUCAGGAUCUUGCCGACAGGGAUGUGGACGGUGAUGUGGGCCCGGGGUACGCUCCUUCCAAAGACACGGCUGACAGAGAUCCUCGACGCGUAUCGCCAUUACAAGUCCACAGGCGAUUGUCUCCACGCCGCGCUCCUGCCAGCGAUAUGGUACCCAGUCGAUGCUAGCACCGAGGAAGGCCGGGAGAAGUCGGCGUUCAUGAUGUCGGCGAUGAUAGGUCGCGUGUCAAUGUGCGCUGCAUAUGGGAAGACCGUUGCGGCAACGGCGAAGAAGGAGGGAGACAAGGAGGAGAAGAUGGAUAUGGCGGCAUGGGCGUUAGCAGCAUCCGCAUGCGCUGUGUGGUGCUUCGUCGAGAACGGCGAUGCCCAGCUGGCGGAUGCUGUGGAAGAAGGGAAGUCGGCGGCGAUCAUCGGCGGAGCGAGCCAGGCGACCGCCGACGUAUUCGGAAAAGUCAUGGAGGCGGUGCUGAAAGCCGAGAUGAACAGGGACCGCCCCCUGGGAGAGGUUGCCUACAACGUCGCGCCAGCACUCCAGAGGACCGCCCUUGAUAGGGUCUAUCCAGGGGGGAAUGCUGGAGUAGAUGCCGACGUUAUCGCUAGAGCGACGGUUGAGACGAUGGCGUUUUGGGGAAUGUGCCCCGUCGCCGGGCCGAAACUAAGAGCGAGGGACAUCGCGGUGCCGAUUGACGCGCAGAUGAAGGCCGAUCUUGACAACAGGGGGAGGAAGGGUCUGAGGGGCAAGAAGGGGACGAAGACCAAGGGCGGCACGGAGAAGGGCAAGAUGUCGAAGAAGGACAGCACGACGGCCUAG